UGCCAUGCGCUCUGCUCGCCGCCUCAAGUGAACAGGGGUUGCAAGACUUUCUGUUAAGUUCUGUUCAAGUGUCGGGUUGCGUUUUUCAGUGCGCAGAAGUUCGGUGGACUGUACACAUACUUUAAAGACAUGGCAUAGGCCAUUAUCGCAAUGGAAAAAUCUUCCUCCAUAGUCUGGGCAUUCUCACUUAGCUAACUUUCGUCUGGGUCGUGCGAUUGACCCUCAAGAAUGCGUGAGCCAUAAAUGAAAUAAAGCUCCCAUUCUGAAGUGGAUCAAUUUGACAACGCGCGAAGUGCAUUUCAUCCCUGCGGACAAAACUGCUACUGGACAAAGGCGACUUAAGGUAUGAGAGGACAGGGACCGUGGAAAGUGUUGAUGGGAGAACUUUGUCUGGACUACGAAGAUACGGCUUGCCAUCAAGGGUGUUUCCCCCAAAUUAGGCUCUCCUACAAUCUCAGAUAACGCUCACACUUGCGUGCUGCUCGCGGCGAUUAGACUGCCAUGGAACCUUCUGACACGGGUCAUCCCUACGAAUAAUACAAGUGCACUGGGGGUAUUGAAGGUGUUGUCUUUGAUGGUGAUGUUAGUGAAAACAUUUACCCCGUUGGCUAUUUUAUGUUCAUUUUCAAUUAAAUCUGAGUAAUAACAUCAGAUGGGAUAUUAUUUUGUCACAACAUGGCACAGCCUGUCUGGAUGAAACCAAUAUUUCUUUCGUGGAAAUAGCUGUAAAGUUUUCACUCUGAUAGUAGCCUAAUGCCAUAAGAAUAGUUAGGUACACGAGAAGGUAAACCAGUUCGCCUUGAAAAACAAUCCACGAGCGGCAUCACCCGACAGCGUGUCGUUGGAAGUUGAUCUCGUAUGGCAUUUUGUUUUGAGCUCUUGCUGAGUUGAAGUUCCCACAUAAGGUCACAUUCAUGCGUGCAAAUCUUGCUAGCCAGUGAGACAUUGAUGCAGGGACAAAGAUAAACCUAUUGUAAUGUCUGCCAAGAACUCCUCUCCGCUGUCUCCAUGUUCUGAGGGAGAAUUUGGGAGGGGCCAGGAAUCAGAGAAAUGGGACAAUGAGGAGAGAGACAGGAGGACUGACCUGGACUCUGACAUGUCCCCCACACCACCACAGCGCAGCCAGUCACCUGUGGAGGAGCAGCAGCCAAUCAGCAGUCAGCAACAAGACUCUGACCUGGAUGGCUUUGGCUCAGCACAGCAGGACUCAGACAGCAAUAAGAUGAGCACUUUGUAUUCUCAUCUGAACAACUCCAACGUCUCGUCUCCACACAAGCCAGAGGAGCGCCCUGACCCCCUGAAUGCUUCUGCUUUCGGGACGCUGGAGCGCCGCAAGGGCAGCCUGGCUGAUGUGGUGGACACACUCAAACAGAAGAAGAUGGAGGAGAUGACAAAAACUGAACAAGAUGAAUCGACUUGCAUGGACAGAUUUCUUUCAAAGGACUGGAAGGAGAGAAUGGAAAGGCUGAAUGCAAGUGAGCUUCUUGGAGAGAUCAAAGGUACUCCAGAGAGUCUGGAGGAGAAGGAGCAGCAGCUCUCUACCAUGAUCACUCAGCUCAUCAGUCUGCGGGAGCAGCUCCUGGCCGCCCAUGAUGAGCAAAAGAAGAUGGCUGCCUCACAAAUGGAGAAGCAGCGGCAACAGAUGGAGCUGGCUCGCCAACAGCAGGAGCAGAUUACAAGACAACAGCAACAGCUCCUGCAGCAGCAGCACAAGAUCAAUGUCCUCCAACAGCAGAUUCAGGUCCAGGGUCACAUGACUCCUCUGAUGAUCCCCCUCUUCCCCCACGACCAGCGUUCCCUGGCUGCGGCCGCAGCUGCCCAGCAGAGCUUCCUCUUCCCCCCAGGGCUGUCCUACAAGCCAGGUGAUAACUACCCCAUGCAGUUCAUUCCAUCCACCAUGGCAGCUGCUGCUGCGUCAGGCCUGAGCCCAUUACAGCUGCAGCAGUUGUAUGCCGCCCAGUUGGCCAGCAUGCAGAUCUCUCCUGGCGCCAAGAUGUCCACUCUCCCUCAGCCCACAGUGGCCAACACCUCAGGGUCUCUCUCCCCCACAGGCCUCAAGAGUGAGAAGAGGACCUCCAGCCCUCAAACACACAUGAAGGACGAGGGCACUCAGCCUCUGAACCUCUCCGCUCGACCGAAGAGCAUGGAGGCCAUGCGCUCCCCCACGUCCCCCUCCCACAGCCUCUACCCCGGCAAUAAAACAAGUCCAAACAGCCUGGGCAAGGGUGGCCUCCCCAGCCCAAUCCCCAACAUGAGCCGUGCAUCCUCACUCGACAUCCUGUCCAGUCUGAACUCGACAGCGCUGUUCGGGGACCAGGACGCAGUGAUGAAGGCGAUCCAGGAGGCGAGGAAGAUGAGGGAGAGGAUGCAGAGGGAGCAGCUCCAGCAGCAGCACAGCCUGGACGCCAAACUCUCCAGCCUCAGCGGCAUGAACCUCCAUAAUGGCAGCCAGGCACGUACACACUUUGAGAGUCUAGGGCAGCAUCUUGGAAAACUUGGGGAGGAUAUGAAGCUGGGUCACAGGGUCAUUGACCUUACCAGACCUGAGGAUAUGGAAGCAGGGGGCGGUGGCACUGUCGAGGCGCGGGUGUUCCGGGAGGCUCGUGGGAGGCACACCAAUGAGCCCCACAUCAAGCGGCCCAUGAACGCUUUCAUGGUCUGGGCCAAGGACGAGAGGCGCAAGAUCCUGCAGGCCUUCCCUGACAUGCACAACUCCAACAUCAGCAAGAUCCUGGGUUCCCGCUGGAAAUCGAUGUCCAAUCAGGAGAAGCAGCCAUACUAUGAGGAGCAGGCUCGACUCAGCAAGAUCCACCUGGAAAAAUACCCCAAUUACAAGUACAAACCCAGGCCCAAGCGGACCUGCAUCAUCGACGGGAAGAAACUGCGCAUUAGUGAAUACAAGCAGAUGAUGCGCUCAAGACGGCAGGAGAUGAGGCAGUUUUUCAACAUGGGGCCACAAACUCAUGAGAUACCUGUUAACUCGAGCACAGGUACGAUAUAUCCAGGUAAUAUCGCCAUACCGACCACCCCACCUGCGCCUCACAUAGCAUCAGACUGCUCCAGUGCCUCUGGCAGCCCCGAGCCGGCCAUUCCUGUGAUCCAGAGUACCUUUGGCGUGAAGAUGGAGCCCAGCGUCUUGCCAACCAGCGAACCCACCAACGGCGAGGACGAGAUGGACAUAUACGAGGAUUUUGAAAAUGAGCCAAAAUCAGACUACAGCAGUGACAAUGAAACACGGGAGCCGGUUAGCGCUAACUGAGCAUGCUCAGACCACUCCCUGUAAAGUCUCAUAUGGACUGAGCUUGCUUGGACAGCGUCCCACCAACAGGCCGGACUGUUCUUGACAGGGCAUCGUAAUGGAGUGGGGUGGGGUGGAGCUGGCAUGGCGCGCGCUGGACUCAGGAUUUUUCCACUGACUGGAGCAGGCUCGCGAGCAGCCCCCCCAUGCCACUCGAGACAGUGGCACACACCAGCCAACCAAGUCACUGUCUAGCCAUCACGUCGUCUGGCCUAGCCAUGGUGUUCAGCAGUAUCUCAUACAACUGUGGGCUAACAAAUGCAGAUGUCAAAUGCAGAUAUAAAGAUGACCAAAACAUUGAGCUGGAGAGAGAGAGAGUCUCUAAGGAGAGUAGGGGGUGAAGGGGGAGUAUUUCUAGAUAAGAUGAGCAGAUGUCAUGGAAACUCACUGAUGUUUUGCAUGUACAGUAUGUGCUAAAGUAAAGUGUGAAGAUGGGUAUUAACGAUCAAUUUGUUACCAUUCAAAACAUUAGAAGUCACUACAAUACAUUAUUAUAUCCAAACUAAGAAUACCUCCAUUUCCAAACCGAAAAUCAAAGUAUAUAUUGCUCGUUAAAUUAUUUAUGGACACCAACUGAUGGAUGGAUCUGUUUUGGUAGAGGUAUUUAUUUGGCCGUUUAGCGGCAUGUUGUGUUCUGAGGGAAAUUAAUUCUAAGCACUGGAGCUGGUGGAGAUACUCCCACUGCAUGUGUGUGUGUGUUGGUGUGUUUGUGUGUGUGGUGACAUGUCCACCCAUCCAGCUCUGCUCUGCUCAUGUGCUCUGGCUCUGACCGUCACCAUACCAACUGAUGAAGCUCGCAGUCUCAGCCUGUUCUGCUGUUCUGUUUUUGAUUGAUUGAGCCAGAAUCAGAGACAGGAGAUGAUUCAGCUAAAUAUGUAUUGUUUUUUAGGAUUGCAUGCAUCUGAGGCUAUUAGUCUUAAUCUGUUUGUUGGUCUUAAGACAUUUCUUAAUGCGUGAAGUUAGGUUGUUUUUACUUUUAUUUAAUCCUUUUUAUGUAUAUAUUUCUUUUCUUCUUGCUUCAUGGACACUUUUCAUAGUCAAGUCAUAGCCUAUUAAAACCUUGUACUGUCAGGACUUGAAACUUAAAACGAUAGUAUUUAAAAUAAAAGUAUUGCUUUAUUCAGUCUAAAAUGUUACUCGUACUCCCCAUUGAAGUCUAAUAUAAAUGUUUGAAAUGGGGUUCCUUCGCUCACUCAGGAAUGUUGUGCCAGCGUGUGAAUGUGUUUUAAAUGAACUAUUUAAAAAGCCGGGGGAGGGUGGGGAAAUGAGAUACUAUAUAUUGUUGACUUUCAAUCCCAUUGUUUUCAGUUGUUUUGUGUUUUUAUUUGUUGGAAAUCUAAAGGUGCCAAAAAGUAAAGUAGUCGAAAUCAUACAUUAUUAGUAAAGGUACUUAACAGCACAAUCGCUUAAUGAAAUUCCAGCCUAAUUACUCAGGAUGUUGCCAGUUUUCUCGAUGAUCACCAAGUGGUAAGGGGGCAAAGGCCCACAAUCAUGUGAUCUGUGGUGUCUUCAUGGUGAACUAAAGAACACACUCAAGUAUUUGGAGCCUUGGGUUAGAGGUGAUGACAUAGAGAAACAGGUCUGAAGACAGGGAGCCAGAAGGUUUACAAUAUCUUGAGCUGACACCACCAAUGUUUUAAAAUGUCUUAAAUUUCAUUGCCAUUUAAGAGGAAUUUGCAUAUGUAAUGUAUAAAUUAUAAUGCAAGAUGUGUAGAUGUGCAUGUGUAAAAAGAACCCCUAAAUAUUGCAGGACUGAUUCCACAAUCAUAUUUAAACCAUACGGUUUACAACAGUGGCAAAUAUACAAGUGUUACCUCUACUUGCAUAGUGAGUACAUUUUUCUCCAAAGGAGUCAUUGGUGAUUAGGCAGAAUUGUUCAUCCAUACCUAUUUUCUAAGUGUCACAGACUAGAUUUGAAUCAGACUCGUCUGCUGCCAAAUGUCAAAUUGGUGUAAUGGCAUCUGGCAGUGAUAUGGGAGUAUUCAUUUCUGCUCAUAGUUUUCAUAGUCUUAAUUUUUUCUACUUUUUUUGGAGGGGCGGGGGUAUUUUAAAUUAAUGUUUGCCGUUUCUUUUUUAUUUCAAGUUUACUAAUUGUAAGUUAUUUAAAAAUUCUUUACAUUUUUCAUAGGGCAAUGUUUGUAGGCUGGUUUGGAAUUUGUACAUUUUUCACGUCUGUGCCAAAUAAUGUUAUGCUGGUUCAAAGACAAGACAAGAUGAUGUAUUGUCAUUGAAAUAUUGAAAAACAGAUAAAAACAAAAAAUAUAUUGAACCUUUGUAGCGAUUCUGUUAAAUAUUAUAAGUGUUAUAAGCACUGGAUAUAAAGUGUAUUUUUAACAAAUUCUGACUAAUGUGAAAAUGUUCUACAAUACACAUGGGUUGUGACUAAAAUGCACACAAUUCUGAAUCUCUGACAUUUUGACAUCUGUCUCAUUUUAUGUCAUUGACGCUUCAUUUCAAAAGAGAAUGAAUGAAUAUUGAUGCUCCAGUGCUGCCUGUGGGGUCGUGACUAGUCAGCCUCCCUCAACUGUAACACACACACAAACUCACACACACACACACAAACUCUCUCUCUCUCUCUCUCACACACACACACACACACACACACACACACACACACACACACACACACACACACACACACACACACACACACAUACAUAUCCUGGACAUACAUACAGAACACUUUUGUGUUAAAUAUUGUAUUUGAAGCUAUUUAGUGUAUAAUAACAUUUUGUUGUAUUUAUUAGCCUCUACUGGCUCUAAAACAAUGCGAUCAAAUGACAAUCAGAAAAAUAAAGACUCUGCAAUUUGGA